UUCGGUGAAGCUGAGGUCACUCUCUUGCUUCUGUGCCGUGAGGUUUUCCUGACUGCUUUAGGGCUUGAUGAUUUCCUGGAGCCGGAUUAGGAUAGACAAGGAAGCAUGUAUCCGCAGGUGUGAGAAAUUAAUAGAAAUAUACUUAAAAAUUCAUUGUUUUUCCAGAGAAUUAUAGUAUGUAAUAUGGUGGUCUUGAUCAUCCUUUGUAGGGUCCUGAGAUUCCCAAACCUUCUUCUUCCUCAGGAUAUAGAAGAACACAUGAGGCCUGAGAACCAGAGCAGUGUGUCUGAGUUCCUCCUCCUGGGGCUCCUCUUCCCACCGGAGCAGCAGAGCUUGUUCUUUGCCCUGUUCCUGGGCAUGUACCUGACCACAGUGCUGGGGAACCUGCUCAUCAUCCUCCUCAUCAGGCUCAACUCUCACCUCCACACUCCCAUGUACUUCUUCCUCAGCCACUUGGCCUUCUCUGACAUUUCCCUUUCAUCUGUCGCAGUUCCAAAGAUACUCAUGAACAUGCAGACUCAGCGACAAUCCAUCUCCUAUAUGGGGUGCAUUUCUCAGUUGUAUUUUUUCAUAGUUUUUGGUUGUCUUGACAAUUUCCUUCUUGCAGUGAUGGCAUAUGACAGGUAUGUGGCCAUCUGUCACCCACUCCACUACACCACCAUGAUGAGGCAAGAGCUGUGUAUAUCCUUAGUAGCUGGGUCCUGGUUCUUCAGUUGUGCACAUGCCCUGUUGAACACCCUCCUCUUGGUCCAGCUGUCCUUCUGUGCUGACAAUUCCAUCCCCCACUUCUUCUGUGAUCUCACUGUACUCCUGAAGUUGAGCUGUUCAGACAUCUCCCUCAAUGAGCUGGUCAUCUUCACUGAGGCAGCAAUGGUUGUCAUCUUGCCUUUGAUUAGUAUCUUGGGUUCAUAUAUUUGUAUAGGGACCACUGUCCUGAGGGUCCCCUCCAACAAAAGACUGUUUAAAGCCUUUUCUACCUGUGGCUCCCAUCUCUUCGUGGUAUCUUUAUACUAUGGGACCAUUUCAGGUGUUUAUUUUUUCUCUUCAUCAUGGGGCUCCAAUGACAAAGACAUAAUUGCUUCGGUUAUGUACACAGUAGUUACUCCCAUGCUGAACCCCCUUAUCUACAGCCUGAGGAACAGAGAUAUAAAAGAGGCUCUGGAAAUGUUUGUCAAUAGGGCUAAUUUCUUUAAGUGAUAUUCACUAAACUUUAUUGCAUCAUGAGCACAGUGAGAUGUAUCUCCUAAUAUUUUUGUAUGGCUGACAACUUCAUGUGACUUUAAAGGAAUAUAUAUUCUGCUGUUGUGUAUAGUGCUGUUAAUCUGUUAACUAGGCCAAGUUUGCUACUUGGAUUGUUAAAUAUUCUUUAAUACUAAUUAGUUUGUAGAUUUGUCUUUUUCUCCUUUUAGAUAUGACAGCUUUUGCUUAUGUAUUUUUUAUGCUAUGCUACUGAGGACACAGAUUUAGCAUUACAAUCUGUUCCUGGUAGACUGAUUGUUUUAUGUAGUGGUGUGCUGAAUCUGGCUUGCAUUGUGUUCAAGCUGAUUGUACAAUUUCGUCCCAGCUCCACAUUCAAUGACAUAAUUUUGAAAGAUUGAAAUCAGCCAUAAUGGGAAUAAUUAUGCCACGUAAAUUGGCAAAUGCUCCAAAGCAGGGCUUCAUAAAAAAGUGGCUGAGAAAGAGAGAGAGUCACUUUUUAUACAUUUAACAAUAAACCACUGCAUUUACAAUUAGGAGAUCUUCUUCUUCAUCUCUAGCAAUGGCUCUUAACAUCUCAUCUACUUCUUCUCAUAUUAGUAUAGAUAUACCAGCUUUCUUUUGGUUGGUGUUUACAUGGUAUUUUUUUAAGACUUUUCUAUGUCCUUAUAGCUGUCAGGUGUCUGUUGUUUACAGUGGAAAGCUGGGUUUUUCUCUUGUUUAAGCAGAAUGACAAUCAUCAUACUUCUGGAGAAUUUGAUCUAUUGACAUUUAAUGCCAUCAUGAUAUAUUUGAAUUUGUAUUU